UAAUUUUUUUUACCCCACCCCAUGAAAUUACUUCUUAAAAAGUCACCGUUAAUCUGAAAUUAAUCCCAAAGCAGUGUGGCUGUGCUAAGGUAACUCACCUUUGCUGUUUGCGUCGUUUCAUGGCCUGAUUUGUUAAUUUGAUAUUAUUGCUUUGUGUGUCCUGUUCUUUGCUCCUUACAGGAAAUAACAGUAUUCCGUCUCUACCCUCCCCUGCGUACACAGUUAUGUUCAUGGUUCUUGCUAAAGUCGUUUCUAAAGUAGAAAAGGUGUGGGCCUUUUCUUGCCCCUGGAAAGUCUGUAACUCUCAAGUUCUCGGAUGGUCUGUGAUCCUAACAGAAAUAUGAAGUGUUUGACCAAGAGAGCUAGUGCCUACCCUCCUGAUGGCAGCCCGAGUUUUAAAAAAACAACAAACACUAUCAGUUGGAUAAAUGGAAAAUUGAUAAAUGCUACUAUAAAGUUAUAAAAAAAAUAUACCGGAAGGUGCCUGCCCCUCUCUCUCCCAGAGUUAGUGAUGCCAGCCCUUGAAGGGCAGGGAGACAACUCAUUAGAACAUGGUGAUGCAAAGUGAGUAGUGUGGUCAAAGCGGAAGCAGGAACAGUCAGCCAUCCCAGGAAUAGCAUUGCAGUCCGUGGUGCCAUAAACGCCCCUAAAGGGGACAUGAGGCUCCGUCUGCUCUGAAAUGUCAGAGACAUUGCCUUAGGAGAGUGACACCUCUGGGAGUCAUUUGCAAAAGUACAGUGAGAGUAAUCCCCCGUCUUUGGAGACUGUAGAGUGGGAACAGUUAGAGCCCUGGGGACUGAGAAAUGACUGUGCUUUAAAGGAAGGGGAUUCAGGUGACGGCAAAAUUCAGAGUCUUUCCUACAAAUUAUUGUAUGCCUGUCCUAAAGUUCCACUGAGGUCUAUUGCAGAGGUGACAGAAUCACAUUUUAGAAGCUACAGAGAAGUCCUUAUUAGACUGACUGAAGCCCUGGACAAGGAAUCUCUCAGGAAAGACUGUAAGGCACAGUGUGGACAUUCUCAGCCUAGGGAAGUGGAAAUUAGCCAGAGCUCACAGCAUGUCGUGGAGGUUGCUGACAGGAUACCAACUAUGCAGACUGCGUCUUUUCAGAAAGCCGCAACCAGCUCUGAAAAUCAGACCCUCUUCAGUAUGUGUCACCUACGGAACAGACCACCAGUCAAAUAAAGAAAACAAGAGAACAGUGGAAACGCUCCAUGCGUGCUCCGUUGACAUUGGGAAAAUCCGCAGGCUGAAAGGAUGGGUGCUUCUGGAGGAGGAGACCUACGCCGAGGAGAUUGCAAACAUUCUCAAAGAACUAGGUGCCAACCAAACCGUGAUAGCCAGUAUUUUAGAACGCUGUCCAGAAGCCAUUGUCUGCAGUCCUGCUGCUGUUAACACCAAAAGGAAACUCUGGCAGAUGGUCUGCAAAACCAAGACAGAGUUAAUCCAGUUAAUAGAGCAGUUUCCAGAGUCUUUCUUUGCUGUCAAGGACCAGGAGAACCAGAAGCUAAAUGUUCAGUUCUUUCAAGAGCUGGGACUCAAGAAUGUGGUGAUUACCAGGUUUUUGACAACGGCCUCUAGCAUUUUCCAUAAUCCUGUAGAAAACAAUAAACAAAUGAUAGGGGUUCUCCUGGAGAGCUACCUAAACUUAGGUGGCUCUGAGGCCAAUGCUAAAGUGUGGCUACUAAAAUUAUUAAGCCAAAAUCCAUUCAUUGUGUUAAGUUCUCCUACAGCUGUAGGUGAAGUACUGAAAUUUCUCCAAAGACAAGGCUUCACAGACUCCGAAGUUCUUCAGCUUCUGUCCAAACUUAAAGGGUUUCUUUUUCAGCUUCAGCCAGAAAGUAUCCAGAACAGUAUUUCCUUCACCAAAACUACUUUUGAGUGUACAGACCAUGACCUCCGGCAGUUAGUUGUGAAAUGCCCUGCCCUUCUAUAUUAUCCUGCUCCUGUUCUAGAAGAGAGAAUCCAGGCACUGCUGAAGGAAGGCAUCUCCGUAGCUCAAAUAAGAGCGUCACCAAUGGUUCUUGAAUUAACGCCACAGAUAAUUCAAUAUAGGAUAAGAAAGCUGAAUUCUUUAGGCUAUGGAAUAAAGGAUGGUCAUCUAGCAAGUCUAAAUGGAACAAAAAAGGAGUUUGAAGCUAACUUUAGCAAGAUGCAAGCCAAACAAGGAAGGCCAUUAUUUAACCCUGUGGCCUCAUUAAAGGUCGAAGAGUAACAGGGCAAAGUGACCAAUUCACAAAGACUUAAGCCAUUCAGCUUAUAAGCACUAAGGAUUCUCAGGACCUACUGAGAUUCUGAGUUGUAUCCAAGUUACCUCAAAAAUAAUGGUCUCUGAUUCAUUUGCUGUAUUUUAAAAUAUAAAUUGUAUUUAAAUAAAACCAGUAACUUUGAUCUUGGAA